AUGGCCAUCGCAAAAAGCCCCUUCCCUCGGCUCAACAUACCAGAGAAGGACAUUUUCUCGUUCCUCUUCCAAAGGGAGGAUCGACCGUUCCCUGAGCAACACCCGAUCUUCCAAGAUGCAGACACUGAUAAAAUCUAUACUUACGCUGACAUCAAGCGUAUGGCUCUGGAUUUCGGAGCAGGAUUAAAGGCCCGAUUUGACUGGAAGAAAGGAGAUGUUAUCACCCUUUUUGCUGCCAACGACAUCGACUCUCCAGGUGUAAUACUUGGCACUCUGUGGGCGGGCGGUGUAGUUACUCCUGCAAAUGCUGGGUAUACUGCUCGAGAACUUGCGUACCAACUCAAGGAUAGUGGAGCACGCGUCGUCGCUACCCAGUACCACUGUUUGCAGACGGCCCGGGAGGCCUGCAAGACCGUUGGCAUCUCCGAGGAUUGCAUCGUGCUUCUGGGCCAGCAGCGUGAUCCAACUGGACGAGUGCAACAUUAUACCUCUAUCCGCAAUACCAGCGGUGCAACUAGAUACAGACGGAAUAAAAUAUUGCCCAAGACCGACAUUGCCUUUCUCGUCUAUUCCUCUGGAACCACCGGCAAACCAAAGGGGGUUCGACUUUCACAUUACAACUUGAUCUCCAACGUCUGCCAGCUCCAACCUGGCGAACAAUAUAAUCUCACAUGGGAUGGCUCGAGGACGACCGCCGAUAUACCCCUUCCGCGGGCAGGCGCAGGAGGUGACAAGAUCCUGGCAUGUCUUCCUUUCUUUCAUAUUUACGGGUUGACUACCACGAUUCACAAUCCGCUCUAUACCGGGACGACUACGAUAGUUCUAUCGAAAUUCGAAAUCGAAAAGUGGUGCUCGCUGGUGCAGAAGCACUCCAUCACGUUCUCAUACAUCGUUCCACCCAUAGUGUUGCUCCUUUGUAAACACCCGGCCGUCUCCUCCUACGAUCUCUCCAGCAUCCGCAUGACCAACUCCGGAGCGGCACCACUGUCGCGCGAAAUGGUUGAAUCCUGCUUCAAGAGAACUGGGAUUCGAGUCAAGCAAGGUUACGGACUGUCUGAGACGAGUCCGACGGCGUUCAAUCAGCCCUGGGAUGACUGGAACGUCACAAUUGGCAGUGUAGGUCAGGUGCUGUCUAACAUGGAAGCUAAAAUCUGUGUCCCUGUCGACCUCAGCAGCGACGAGUGCGCCAGCUCGUCCGCGUCAAGCGACCAUCACCAAGAUGCAGCUCCGUUGCCGUUUGGCACGAUCGGUGAACUUCAUGUCCGUGGGCCCAACAUCUUCAUGGGCUACCACAAUAUGCCCGACGCAACCGCUGGGUGCCUUUCACCUACUGGAUGGUUCCGAACUGGUGAUGUUGGUUUCCUGGAUCCCAAAGGGAACUUGUUCAUUACGGACCGUGUCAAGGAGUUGAUCAAGUACAAGGGCUUCCAAGUUGCGCCCGCCGAGCUGGAAAGUUAUCUCCAGGAGCAUCCUUUCGUCGAGGACUGUGGCGUUGUGGGCGUCCCAAGUACAGCUCUAGGAACCGAAGUGCCCAGGGCAUACAUCGUGCCAAAAGGGAGACUCACCUCACUGGCUGCUGGUGGAGCAGACCGAGAACGAGCCCAAGCACAGGCAAUUGUGACUUGGCUCAACGGGCGGGUGGCCAACCACAAAAAGUUGAGGGGUGGCGUCAAAUUCGUAGCGGAGAUUCCCAAGAAUGCCAGCGGCAAGAUAUUACGUCGAAUCAUGAAAGAAUGGGUCAGGGACGAGGUCAUAAACGAGCCGUGCUCCAGCGUCGGAGCCCCUCGUUCUAAGAUUUGA